ACAAACAAAAACAACAUACAACUGCACACACCCUGCCGAUGCAGCGAACGUGUCCAAAUAAAUUAAAAAUCCCCCAAUCGAUCAAUAUACGCUGCACCACACCACAUACUCAAAAGAAAGAAAAGAAAUCCCCCCAAUCCCCAUUUCCAGCGAAAUCUAAUCUAAUCAUCUAAAAAUUCCCUUCCCUUCCCUUCCGUCCGAGCCAGAGCAGUAGUAGUAGUAGAAGUAAUGAGGAAAAGAAAACGAAAAGCGCCAAGAAAACAACGCACCAACACAUCCACAGCAGCAGCAGCAGCAGCAAGCAUCAUCGGCUCAGGCUUCAUCAGGAGAAUAGGUUAGAUGUGAGAGGAAGGAAAAAAAUCCGAGGAAAAGUCUCGAGCCCACCCCCCACAUCUCCACUGCUGCAGCUUUGCUUGCUCGAGAGAAAGAAAGAGAGAAAGAAAAUAAAAUAAAAAUCUCUCACAAAUCUCUCUCUCGCAGCCGUCAAAAUCCAAUCUUGGCGCAUCCCCGGCCGCCUACUGUUCUCGCCCCCCCUCUCUGGUAAUAAUUGUCAGGCUGGUGGUUGGUUUGCUGCUGCUAAUAAUCGAGUCUUUUCCUCCCAAGGAGAGGCGUUCAAUUUCUUGGUCAGGAUUUGUGGAGGUUUUUCUUGGAUUCAUUUCGUCAUCUCGUCGCGGAGCCAAAGCUUUUGGUUUUUUUUUUUCCUUUGGUUGGUCUUGGCUCGAUCGGGAUGGAUGCGGGGUGGGUUGGGCUCGCGUCCAAUUCGCCUCCACCACCACAAGUACGCUUCUUUUUUAUUGUUUCCGGAGUGGGGAUUGUAGAGAGCUAUUUCGGCAAUCGCUAGGGCUCCGUGUGUGUUCUCUCUCGCCCACUUUACUCUUUUUUUUUCUAUAUCAUUAUUCCCCUUUGCCCUCCAAAUCGAAUCCUCUCUCCCCUCCUGCGGCGCCGCGGGGAGGGAGCGAUCUGGGGAGGGGGAAGCCGUCGAUUGACUCGAUUCUGUGUCGCGGGGGCUCCGAUUCGGCCUCUGAAUUGCGCCCUGGGUUCCAUGAGGGCGUGAGGUGAAGUUGGGGAAGAGAGAGAGAGAGAGAGAGAGGGGGGUAGGGUUGCUGCGGCGGCCAUGUCGCAAAUCCAGAGCUUCUCGCGGCAGAACUGCGUGCUCCUCGCGGUGCUGUGUGGGAAGCACGCUGAGAAGCGUGCCCAGGCGAGGUCGGGGCUGGAGGCGAAGCGGCUGCGGCCGUCGUACCCGUUCCCGGAGCUCAGCUCGUCGGGGAGAUUGGAGGUGCACACGCUGUUCAACCCGACACCAGAGCAGUUCCUCGAGGCGCAGCGCGUGGUUCAGCCCAACUUCUUGUACAUCCAGGGGCAACAGCUUGAGGAUGAGAAGGAGAUUGGCUCGCUCGUCUGGGGGGACAAUGACGUAUCUGAUCCGCAGGCGUUUAGUUGUCUCAUCAGCCCGCCAUUUCCGACCAUAGUUUAUCUGGAGGUUCCAAUUGGUGAAAAACUUGCUCAAGCAGUUCAUUCAAAGGGGAUUCCAUACGUAAUAUACUGGAGAAAUUCAUUUUCAUCAUAUGCAGCAUCCCAUUUUCGCCAUGCAUUAAUGUCAGUGGUUCAAAGUUCGGUGAGCCAUACUUGGGAUGCUUUUCAGCUUGCUCAUGCAUCCUUUCGAUUAUACUGUGUAAGAAACAACCAUGUACAAAGUGUUAAGCUUGGGCCUCGUCUACUAGGGGAUGCUCCAAAGAUAAAUAUAACCCCUCCUGAGAAUGAGAUGGUUGAGGAGGAAGGUUCUUCAGAUGUGUUUCCAGCUAUAAAAAUUUAUGAUGAUGACAUCAACAUGAAAUUUCUUCUUUGUGGAGUUCCUAGCACACCGGAUCCUUGUUUGUUAGGUUCAUUAGAAGAUGGCCUGAAUGCACUUCUGAAUAUUGAAAUUCGGGGGUGCAAACUUCAGAAUCGAAUCAGUGCUUCUCCACCACCACUUCAUGCUGCAUCCUUACCACGUGGAAUGGUUACAAUGCGUUGCGACAUCACUACGUGCAGUUCUUCUCAUGUGUCACUUCUUGUUUCUGGUAGCGCACAAACUUGUUUUGAUGACCAGCUUUUGGAAAGCCACAUCAAGGAUGAGAUCAUUGAGAAGAGCCAACUAGUCCAUGCUCUGCCAAAUAAUGAUGAUAAGUUAUCAUCAAGUGUGCCUUUCACUUCAAUGUCCACAGCUUGUGGGGCUUCUACCUUUGAAGUUUGGAUGACCCUUCCUAAGUGGGCAGCACAGGUUCUGAAGCAUUUAGCGCCAGACAUCUCAUACAGGAGCUUAGUGGCACUUGGAAUUGGUUGUAUAAAUGGCACGCCUGUUGCUUCAUUUGAUAGGCGAGAUGCAGACCGCCUUCUUUUCUUUUGUACAAAUCAACACAAAGAUUUGGCUAUUGAAAAUGGCCCAUACUUUCAUCUGCCAAGAUGGUCAGCAUCUCUUACCAAGGAAAGAGUGAAGGUGGGUCUGGAAUCGAAACCAAAUUUGUUAGGUGCGAAUGGAAUUCCUGAGGACAAGAAACGUCUGAUCGAAGGGCCUUCCUCAUCUUCCAAGGCAAAAUUGAAGCCUGCAACUAUGAGGCCCAUUCCUCACUCUAGAAAGCAACAAAUGCAUCCUUUUAUGGGUUUCCUGGAAGCUACUGUUCAUGAAACUAGUCAGGUUAAGCCAAACUUGCCAGCUGCUCCCCCAGUGAAGCAUAAUUCGGUACCUGCUGCUCCAGCAACACAUAGAAAAUCAACUUCAGGGCCAUCUCAUGCUCAGUCAAUCAUUCAACUGAACCCACUGCCUCUGAAGAAACAUGGAUGUGAUCGGUUGCCUAUUCAGAUGUGCUCUGAGGAGGACUUCUUGAAGGAUGUCAUGCAGUUUUUAAUUCAGAGGGGUCAUAAUCGACUCGUACCUCAUGGAGGACUAGCUGAAUUUCCUGAGGCCGUCCUUAAUGCGAAGCGCCUUGACCUAUAUAACUUGUACAAAGAGGUGGUGUCUAGGGGUGGCUUUUAUGUAGGCAAUGGUAUAAACUGGAAGGGUCAAGUCUUCUCGAAGAUGCGUAACCAUACUGUGACAAAUAGAAUGACCGGUGUUGGAAACACACUGAAAAGACAUUACGAAACAUAUUUACUGGAAUAUGAGCUAGCUCAUGAUGAUGUAGACGGGGAAUGCUGUUUGCUUUGCCACAGUAGCGCUCCUGGAGAUUGGGUGAACUGUGGUUUGUGUGGUGAAUGGGCACAUUUUGGUUGUGACAGACGACAAGGCCUAGGCACUUUCAAGGAUUAUGCAAAGACAGAUGGGCUGGAAUACAUCUGCCCUCACUGUAGUCUAGCAAACUAUAAGAAGAAACCUCCUCCCCAAAAGGUAGCUAAUGGCUUUGCGAAUACAGUGUCUGUAUCACGAAAUGUUUAGUUUUCCUUUCUUCUUUUUUGCCCUGUGUUUCGGGGAGAAGAGCCCAGUAGAGUAGAGAAUAGGCAGGCUGCUGAUAGAGAGAGGAAGGUGUGUAGUGUUGUGAUCUGUAUUACCCUAUUAAUUUGGUUCAGCGUAGGAAGCUUAAGUUUUAUAUAGAAUGUAACAACUGACAACACAGCUAAGCUACUACGGUAGCUGGUCAAAUUAAGUUAAGAGCCUGUUGAUAUAUGUUUUGGUUGUA